UCAGGAAGCCACAUCCUGCUAUCAUCUGUUCCUGCUCCCAGCCCAGCUAUGGCAGCCCCGCUGCCCAUCCGGACCUUGCCCUUGAUCCUGGUUCUGCUGGCUCUCCUGGCCCCAGGAGCUGCAGCAGACUUCAACAUCUCAAGCAUCUCUGGUCUACUGUCCCCGGCGCUAACAGAGAGCCUGCUAGUUGCCUUGCCCCCCUGUCACCUCACAGGGGGCAACGCCACACUGAUGGUCCGGAGAGCUAAUGACAGCAAAGUGGUGAAAUCUAGCUUUGUGGUGCCUCCAUGCCGUGGGCGCAGGGAGCUGGUGAAUGUGGUGGACAGUGGGGCUGGCUUCACGGUCACCCGGCUCAGUGCAUACCAGGUGACAAACCUGGUGCCAGGAACCAAAUACUACAUUUCCUACCUAGUGACAAAGGGGGCAUCCACUGAGUCCAGCAGAGAGAUCCCAAUGUCCACACUCCCUCGAAGGAAGAUGGAAUCCAUUGGGCUGGAAAUGGCCCGGACAGGGGGCAUGGUGGUCAUCACAGUGCUGCUCUCUGUUGCCAUGUUCCUGCUGGUCGUGGGCUUCAUCAUCGCCCUGGCACUGGGUGCCCGAAAGUGAGGAGGUCUGCACCGGGCAGUGGGCUCCUCCAGGAAGUCUAGGGCACUGUCCAUGUCCCCGGCCCACGGCUUCACCUUUUGCUCCUGCCUCCUCUCCUGAAAAGACUGUCUGCUCCCAGGCCUCAGUCACCGGGCUUUGGCUCCUUCGGUGCCUUCACGUCCUCUCCCUGCCUGCUCUCCCCUGAAGCCCUUUCCGCCCUCUGUCUCUCUCUUUGUCCCCUAACCCUCCCCUUCCCCCAACACUCUCUGUUAUUCCCUUCACCCACUCCUGUCAGAACUGAUUCUCCUCCCAUUUCACCUCUUUAACCACCCGCCCCCAACAACAAUUCAGCCCUCCCUCGGUGAACUAAGUCCCUACAAUAAAGUCUGAUGCC